AUGGAGAUAAACCAGGUAGCUCUCAGGGAAGUUCUGGAGUCAGAAGAAAGUAACGUCAGGCAAUCAACCCACGGCAGUACCGGAAGCAGACGUUCCAAGACCGGCUCCAGGAGGAUGAAUCAAAUACAGGAAUCUGUAUUCCGACAGGAGGUUACAACACAAAGGAGCCAGGAUACUCUCAAUAACAUGACAGCCAUGAAGCAAUGGCAAGUUAACAGGCAGUUCAAGAAGGACCGUGAGGCUGCCAUGGCCAAAAUUCCAAAUCCGGAUGCUGUAAUCCAGCAGCUAGACCUUCCUUAUGGCCCUCCACCAGGAUUAGCAUGGCCAUACCAGGAGAACCCUCUCAUUACACAGAUAGCUGGAAUACCAGGGCAUGGAGAGAUCCAAGUUGGACAGAGGGGAGGAGCCCUUCCCAUCCAAGAACGUGAGGCCCCAAUCCGGCCAGAAGGCCCUGCGCCGGUUCAGGCUUUUCAAAAUCAGCCAGAACCUCCGCCUAUUCCACAACCUGUGGCCCCACGUGAUCAACCUUUGGCACUUUUGCCUGAGCCACCAGCAAUGUUGCCCUACAGACCCAGAAGGAUGGAUCCCAAUCCAUUCCCUCCACUUGCAAGAGGCAGAAGAGGCAGAGGGGGGGAAUAA